CUGGAUGGAUAAUACCGAUGAGUAUGAGAGACUUGAUCAAGUUCCAUACAGUUUACGACUCCUUUACAGAGCUAGCCGGGAUGGGAAUAAAGCCACCAAGUUUCACCAAAAAUGUGAUAAUAAAGGGGCUACUAUAGUGGUGGCCAAGAUUGAAGGUUCUGAAACGAUAGUGGGCGGAUAUAAUCCAUUAUAUUGGGAUUCUAGUAAUGAAUAUAAAAAUUCUUCUCUUAGCUUUAUAUUUUUAAUUCAAGAUCGUAAUAAUAGUGAUAAAGGUUUUACAUUAGGACGAAUUAUCCAUGAUAAUGAUAGUGCGAUCUAUAAUAAUAGUUCAUAUGGUCCUACGUUUGGAGGGGGUUAUGAUUUACUCUGUCUUUUCAACAAAUGGUCUAGCAAUCAAAAUAGCUACAAUAGCUACGGAAAUAUAGGUCUUCCAAGUGAAUUUAAAGUAUCUGACUGGGAAGUUUUUAAAGUGUUGAAGAAAAGUUAA